GAGAAAGAGGCCCAGUUCACAGAUUGCACGCAAGCGGUCUGGAGGUGCAGAUGGGAACGGUAAAAGUAGGUGGUCUUUCAUUUCCAAUUCAGCUGCGAUAUUCAGUACCCGGAAAAUGCAACACUUACCUGAACUGCAUUCGAUCAACUUCACAAAGUACUCCGGUCAAGUUGGCGGUGUCAGUUGAUGAAAUUCCUCCAAAUUCGAUGAGGCAGGCGAGUGAACCGCGUUGGAGCAGCACUGGCUUUAGCCUUGGGGUUGACUUGGGAUUAAGCCGAACUGGUCUUGCUAUUAGCAAAGGCUUCUCAUUUCGUCCAUUAAUGGUUUUGGAAUUGAGAGGCCAGAAGCUAGAAGAUCGACUUGUUCAUAUUGCUCAGAAACAGGAGGUUGAUGAGUUCAUAGUUGGGCUUCCCUUAUCCAGUGAUGGGAAGGAGACUCCACAAUCAAAUAAAGUUCGAAGCAUUGCAGGUAGACUAGCAGUUCGAGCAGCUGAGAGGGGAUGGAGAGUAUACCUUCAGGAUGAGUAUGGCACAUCAACUGAGGCUAUGAACCACAUGGUUACUAUGGGCCUCAACAGAUCAACUCGCAAAGGGAAGCUUGAUGCAUAUGCAGCUGUGAUGUUGCUCGAGAGAUAUUUCUCAAUGGCAGGUCAUGGAGUGGAACUUGUUGUACCCAAACAAUCUGAACUCCAGAUCAAGCUCAGGAAAGCCUCCUCUAUGAGGACUGAUAUUUUUGAGGAUGGAUUUCAAAGUUGAGAUUUAAUUUCAAGUAUGGGUACAUAAGUACAUUCAGUGUAGCCUUUAGAAUUUUGUUUAUAUGGGCGAGCGGGUGAACGAUUAACACCUUAUUUAAGUAUGUGGUAUAUUAUAAUUAAUUAAAGUGGGAUACCAAGUAUUUCUUUUUUAUCACUAAAGCCAAAUUUGACACCAUUAAGUAUCUUGUAAACAUUCUUUAUUAAUUAAUCCAUUGGCUCCAUUCGAAAUUACCGAGUUAUUGUUUUGUA